AUGUCUCAAUCCACGAGCGUUUUUGAGCAGGAUCUUGCUGCCACUCUCCAUAAGCGUAAGGAGAAGGGAAGGUACCGUCCUAUGUACCCGCCUUCCGAGCUAGCCAACACGAUCGAUUUCGGCUCCAAUGACGCCCUCUCACUGUCUUCCUCAGGAGCUCUUCGAUGCGAAUUUCUGCGAGAGCUUGAAAGAAAUCCUGGAUUCCAGGUUGGAAGCAAGGGGAGCCGACUUGUUGAUGGGAACAACCAAUAUGUGGUAGACCUUGAAGCAUAUCUAGCCGACUUUCACAAGGCUGAGACAGCGCUUUUCUUCAAUUCGGGCUAUGAUGCGAACGUUGCGGUGUUUACAACGCUGCCGCAGCCAGGGGAUGUUAUUGUGCAUGACGAAUUUAUUCAUGCCAGUGUCAUCGAUGGAAUGCGCCACACAAGGGCAGCAUCAACACAAGCAUUCAAACACAACAGCAUCAAGUCCUUCAAGGAAGUUCUUCACAAUGUCAAAGCGUCCUUCCCCGAAGUCCGAGAAGGUCGAAGAUCUCUUUUCGUUGCCUUGGAGUCGCUGUACAGCAUGGAUGGUGACUUCCCUCCAGUACACCAGAUACUGUCAGUCGGCAAGGAGUUAUUCCCUCUCGGUAAUGUUGUUUUCUACGUAGAUGAGGCUCACUCAAACGGUAUCAUGGGACCAAAGGGCUCUGGUUAUAUAUGCCACCAUGGUCUAGAGGAUGAAUUUGCCAUUCGAGUUCACACAUUUGGGAAGUCACUGUCGUCUAGCGGUGCAAUCGUCUUGGCUAGUUCAAUCGUAAAAGAUACCCUUGCAAAUUAUGCGAGGAAUUUCAUCUAUUCGACCGGACCCUCGUUUCCGAGUCUGGCCUGUGUGAAGGCAGGAUAUAAUCUUCUUGAGAGUUUGGAGGGUGAACAGCGACGACAAAGGCUGCAGAAAGCAACAUCUUACUUUCUCCAAUGUUUCUUUAAACACCCAAUCUGGAACCAAAUCAAAGGGAGUGCCAACAUUGGCAUUGCUAAUCCGGGAAGAUUGGUUUCCAGCGACUUUCAAUCUCCUAUUGUACCAGUCACUACAAAAGCAGGGAAGGCUUACCCUCUUCGGGCGUGGCUGUUGAGAGAAGGGUUCUCGAGCUGGGGAAUCGCGUACCCUGUGGUACCGAAAGGGGAAGACAGAGUCAGAGUUGUGAUUCAUGCUGACAACUCACACCCGCAGAUGGAAAGAUUUGUUGAUGUCAUUAUGCAAUGGGCAUUGGAGCAGGAGAGGAGCAAGAGACCCGACUUUAAAGCCCAGUUGUGAUGUGGGAAUCACUGUGAUGUCUUGAGAUAGGGGCUACUGAAUAGAAACAAAAAGUAUUCCGGGUAACCCGCUAC